AUGUUCUCGGAGCUGAGCGGCUUCAACCUGACCUCCAACCUCAGCGAGCCUCCGUCCGCUGCGGGGCAGGAGGAGGAGUGGAACGACGCGCCGCUGGAGCGGCUGUCGCGCGGAGGCUUCGUCGUGCUGUCGGUGUUCCUCGGCUCCAUCAUGGUGUUCGGCUUCCUCAACAACCUGUUGGUGCUGGUUCUGUUCUGCCGCUUCAAGAGCCUGCGGACCCCCGUCAACAUGCUGCUGCUCAACAUCAGCGUCAGCGACAUGCUGGUGUGCGCCUGCGGCACCACGCUCAGCUUCGCGUCCAGCCUGCACAGCCGCUGGCUGUACGGCCGCCGCGGCUGCAUGUGGUACGGCUUCGUCAACUCCUGCUUCGGCAUCGUCUCCCUGAUCUCACUGUCCAUCCUGUCCUACGACCGCUACAGCACCCUGAUGGUGUACAACAAGCGGUCGGCGGACUACAGGAAACCCCUGCUGGCAGUGGGAGGGUCGUGGCUGUAUUCAGUGAUAUGGACAGUGCCCCCCCUGUUGGGCUGGAGCAGUUACGGCCUGGAGGGGGCGGGGACGAGCUGCUCGGUGUCGUGGACCGAGAAGUCGCCGCACUCGCACGCAUACAUCAUCUGUCUGUUUGUGUUCUGCCUCGGCCUGCCCGUGCUCGUCAUGGUGUACUGCUACAGCCGCCUGCUCUAUGCCGUCAAACAGGUGGGUCAUAUCAGGCGGACGGCAGCUCGUCGGCGAGAGUUUCACAUCCUGUUCAUGGUCAUCACCACGGUGGUGUGCUACCUGAUCUGCUGGAUGCCGUAUGGCGUCGUCGCCAUGAUGGCCACCUUUGGCCGGCCGGGACUCAUCAGCCCUGUGGCCAGCGUCGUCCCUUCGAUCCUUGCCAAGACCAGCACCGUCAUCAACCCCGUCAUCUACAUCCUCAUGAACAAACAGUUCUAUCGCUGCUUCCUGAUCCUGUUCCACUGUAAACACCCGCUGACGGAGGAUGGACAGUCCUCCAUGCCCUCCAAGACCACCAUGGUCCAGCUGAACCGCCGCGUGUUGGACAGCAGCCCCGCCGGGCCACCCGGCGGUAAGCCCAUCACGCAGGAGGUGGAAGGACUCAGCACCGAAGAGUCUGACAAAACCAACCCCGCAGAGCUGGCGCUGCCAGCACCGCCGCUGCCUGAAAUCUCCUCCUCCUGACAGCCAAAAGCUCUGACUGCUAACUGAACGGGCGAGGCCAGCAGAUGUCUGUUUGAUCCCCUCCAUCACCACCACCACCGCCCCGGCUCAUACUCACCCCCUCUCAGUUUCUGUGUGUCAGAUUUGUGGGGAACGAUGAGCUCGGAGCUGAUGCCGACCUGCAUUCAGCUGCUGGUACCACUGAAUGAAGCUAACAGAGCUCAAACCUGACUCUGCUUGUUUGUUUGGUAUGAUUCAUACGUGAGUAUUUUUCUAUGGUCUGUGUCCUGUAGCUGUGCUUGGAAUAAAGUGCCGUGCUCUGCUUUGACUCUU